AGAGGACUGGUCCUCCAGGCUCUGAGAAAUGCCUGGGGUAUCUGUGUGUCUCAUGGGCAGCUGCCGCCUCUACCUGUCCCUCAGAAGAUUGUGGCCACCUGGGAAAUCAUCAGCCUGGGCAGACAGCCAGUGCCUGAGUAUUUCAACUUUGCCCAGGAUGUGCUGGAUGUGUGGAGUCAGCUGGAAAGGGCUGGGCACCGGCCCCCAAUCCCUGCCUUCUGGUGGGUCAAUGGCAUGGGAGCAGAGGUCAAGGGGAGCUUUGAGGAGGUGGGGGAGCAGUCCAGGAAGGCGGCUAACGUGCUGGGGGGCACGUGUGGCCUGCAGCCUGGAGACAGAAUGAUGCUGCCUCUUCCUCAGCUCCAGGAGUGGUGGCUGGUCAGUGUGGCUUGUAGGAGGACAGAUGGCCCUUCAUGGGCUCACUGUGAAUUUCAGGACAAUUCUGAGAAGACAGCAGCAUCAGAGCAAGGAGACUUUUACAUCACAGGGGACGGAACCCACAUGGACAAGGAUGGCUACUUUUGGUUCAUGGGAAGAAAUAAUGACGUGAUCAGUUCCUUAAGCUACCGGCUCGGGCCCGUUGAAGUGGAGAGUGCACUUGCUGAGAACCCAGCCGUCCUGGAGUCUGCUGUGGUCAGCAGCAGCCUGGACCCCAUCAGAGGGGAGGUGGUAAAGGCAUUUAUAGUCCUUUCUCCAGCCUAUUCCUCGCAUGAUCCAGAGAAACUAACCCAGGAACUCCAGGAGCACGUGAAAAGGGUGACUGCUCCGUACAAGUACCCCAGGAAAGUGUUUUUGUUUUAUGGUCACUAGAUGGCCUUUGUUUCAGAACUGCCAAAGACGGUUUCUGGCAAGAUCCAAAGGAGUAAAUUGAGAAGACAAGAGUGGGGAGAUAAGAGGCAGCCCCCAAAAGGCCCCUUAGACCUCUGA